UUUCAAAACCUACGCCUUCAUCAAUUUCAGCCGAUGAUGGCUCUCCGUCUCAGACCCAUCCCCCGCACCCUGACCACCACCCCACCAUCUCUCACCCGCCUCUCCUCCUCCUCCUCAGACCCAUCCGACCCAUCCUCCUCCUCCAUCUCCGAUUACUUCAGCGACGUCAAAUCCAGCCUCCGCCACCGCUCCCAAUCCCCACCCACUCCUUCUCCUCCUCCUCCCUCCCGCGCCCCCAACUCCGCCUCCCUCGCCGAAAUCCGCAAGAAUCUCUCCCAGUUCCGCCUCCGCAACCCCACCGACUCCCCAACCUCCUCCGCGACACCGCCGCCGGCCCAGAUUUCGUUCCAGGAGCUUUACAAGAACCGCGUCAGCAGCGGCAAGGCAGCGGACAUCAAGUCCAUCCGGGACAGCCUCAAGGUGAUCAGGACCGAGCAGAGCGAGAAGAGAUUGGCGUCCAUUUCAAAGUUCGGUGACAUCUUUGGCGGCUCCAAGGAGAGCGGCGGCGGCGACAGGGGAGGGCUGCCGGGGCUGUUUGAUAGGGAGAGGAACAGGGAGAAGGGGGAUGAGAAGGAGAGGAGAUUGAGGACGGAGUUUGUGAGGAGUUAUAGCUACGAGGAAAUGGGGCAGAAGCUGAUGAUGCUGAGGCCUGAGGAGGAGGAGGAAGGCGGCGAGUUUUCAGUUGAGGAGCUGAGUGAGAGGUUGGUGAAGCUGAGGGAGAUGGAGAAGAAUGAGACCAGGAAUCGGGGGCCGGUGAAUAUUGAUGACAUUAGGGAGAGCUUGGUGGUCUUGAAGGAUUCCGAUGAGGAGAAGCUUAAGAAACAUAAUACACACAGGCUUUCUAUGAUAGAUAUAGGUAAAGUUCCCGAGUAUGUGUCAAAACCGCCGAAGGAAGGUUUGGUUGAGAAGUACUUCCAUCCAGAUAAUAUGUCUUCUGCAGAAAAGCUGAAAAUUCAGCUUGCCGAAGUUAGAGAUGAAUUUAAAAUGUCAGAGUCAGAUUGUGGUUCUGCACGAGUACAAGUGGCACAACUCACAACUAAGAUUAAACAUCUUUCUUCGGUUUUACACAAGAAGGAUAAGCAUUCACUCAAGGGUCUUCAAGCAAUGGUGCAGAGGAGGAAGAAGCUAUUGAAGUAUCUCCGAAGAACUGACUGGGACUCUUACUGCCUUGUUCUCUCCAAACUUGGUCUCCGGGACACGCCAGAUGUCAAACAAGAGUACAAGAAACAUUACAAGAAUUAGAGCAUUUUUAUAGGUUUUCUCUAUUCAGUAAUGUACUGUGUCUGGUUAACCAUGCAUUCAUAAUUUUGUAUGGAUAGAAUGAAAUAGAUAGUUCAUGUUGGUUUCUUCUC